AUGAUACGGUUUGUAUUGGUGCAGAAUAGGCAAGGGAAGACGCGUCUUUCUAAGUGGUAUGUACCGUACAAUGCAGCUCAGAAAAAUAAGGUAGAGAGGGAGAUACACCGGGCUGUGGUAUCUAGGGAUAAGCGGUCUACCAACUUCCUAGAGUAUCGUAAUUAUAAAGUCAUCUAUCGUCGGUAUGCUGGCCUAUUCUUCAGUUUCUGUGUGGAUGUCAAUGAUAAUGAGAUGUGUGUAUUAGAGCUCAUACACCUACUCGUUGAGGUAUUAGACGGCUACUUUGGUAAUGUAUGCGAGCUAGAUUUGGUGUUUCAUUUUGAUAAGGUGUAUCACAUAAUGGAUGACCUAUUACUUUAUGGUGAGAUAGAGGAUACUAGCUCUGCAGUGAUACUCGACAAGCUUCGGCAGUCCGAUAAGCUGGAUUGA